UCCUAUAGUAAAACUCUUCUCCCAACUGCUUCACAUGUUCCAAUUUCCAAAUCAUCGGAAGAAACGCCACCGUUCCUCUCUUCUUCACUCUCCUUCUCAGACUGUCAUGCCGCUUUCUCUUUAAUCCCAAAUUACAAUCAAUCAUGCUCUAAGCUCUAACCUUUCUUUCUAACGCCGCCGCCGCCGAAUCACCUCUACCCGUAAUCCAAUGGCGUCCUAUUUAGAAUUCGGAAAAUGCAAAUUGAUACGCUUUUCUCCCACUUCCGUCUGCACUUGCCACCUCCAUGGCCGCCCCUCUUACCCCUUUCCGAAAGCUGCAGUCUUGAAACGACCCGUUUACCCGAAAUUCAGCUUGAAGCUGGUUUUCGAUGGCCCGAAAUAUGCUCUGAGGGCCUCCCGGGGGAUUUUUGCAAGGCGCCAACGCCUUAGGUUGAUUGCGGUGGCGGCUCGGGCCGAGGGCGACGUCCUCGGUGCUGCCGGAACCCCAGAGGAAGUUAACCCAGCCAGCGAUUCAUUGGCAAGGGAGAAAUCAAGUCAAUUGACAAAAAGGGUAGUCUUUGGUCUAGCUAUUGGUUUUUCUGCUGGAGGUGUGGUAUUGGCCGGAGGGUGGGUUUUCACACUGGCCCUGGCUGCUGCUGUUUUUGUAGGUGCCAGAGAGUACUUUGAAUUGGUUAGAAGUCGUGGAAUUGCUGCUGGAAUGACCCCACCUCCCCGAUAUGUGUCACGAGUUUGCUCUGUGAUCUGUGCUCUUAUGCCUAUUCUGACACUAUACUUGGGCCAAAUAGAUGUUUCUGUGACAUUUGCAGCCUUUGUUGUUGCCACAACACUACUUCUGCAAAGGAGAAUUCCUCGUUUUUCCCAGCUUACCAGUGCCAUGUUUGGGCUCUUCUAUUGUGGUUAUCUUCCCUGUUUCUGGGUUAAGUUGAGAUGCAGUUUAGCAGUGCCAGCCCUACAUACACGAAUAGCACAAGCCUGGCCAGUCUUAUUAGGAGGCCAAACUCAAUGGACGGUGGGUCUUGUGGCAUCCUUGAUUUCUAUUAGUAGUAUCAUUGCAGCAGACACAUAUGCUUUUUUCGGCGGGAAGGUUUUUGGUAGGACACCGCUUACUGAUAUUAGUCCAAAGAAGACUUGGGAGGGAGCUCUGGCAGGUAUUGGUGGUUGUAUAGCCACUACUGUGGUAUUGUCAAAGUUACUGAGCUGGCCUAGAUCUAUGCUAAGUGCUGUAGCUUUUGGAGUUUUGAUCUUCUUUGGAUCACUUUUUGGUGACCUCACCGAGUCCAUGAUCAAACGCGAUGCUGGUGUGAAAGACUCGGGAUCUCUCAUCCCUGGACAUGGUGGGGUACUGGACAGAGUUGAUAGCUACAUAUUCACAGGCGCCCUCGCCUAUUCCUUUGUGAAAAUGUUCCUGCCCCUCUAUGGCGUUUAAUGAAGCAUCGAACCAUACUCUUGGAAAGACACGCCCACCAAUUUCUAGACACUGCAUUCGGUGUAUUAGCACCGAAUUUCGAGGUUUCUUCUGCAAAAAACGCAAAAAGAAUGAUGUUUUUUGCCAAGAGGAAACAGCGGGAUAGGUUUAUGAACUGAUGUUCAGAGGUGCGUUGAGGUUGUCUGUCUUUUCGCUUGCAAUGCGACGAUCUGUUGUGUACAGGUGAGAGAGAUGCAGAAUUCUUUAACUUAUUUUCUUCGUUCGAAAAUCUGUACAAAAAAAAAAAAAAAACACAAGUACUCAAGUGUUGAAUGAGUGUUUGGUUUUUGUUGAAGAUUGAGAAAUGAUAACACCUAUCAUCAACCUUGUACUUUGUUUGAUAGGAUAUGAUAUGAUAUGAGAUAAAACCGAAUGCCCUGCAACAAAUUAUACUUA